AUGAUUGGGUUCAAGAUUGGGAUUAUUUAUCUUCUUCAUAUAAUUAUACAAAAAACAGUAUAUGCAAGAAUACAUACAAAUCAAUGGUUAGUCCGUUUGAAACAUGAUGGAGACAACAGAGAUGAGUUAACACAUUCAGCAAACAAAAUAGCCAGAGAACUUGGUUUCAUGCCAUUGAAUUAUCAUAAUUAUGGUGAACCAAAUGAAUUUGUAUUUAAGCAUUUAGGCCUACCAUAUGCACGUGGUACACCAAGCCAUAUUCAUAAUGAACGCUUAAAUAAACAUCCACAAGUAGCGAAUGCUGUACAAAUUGAAGGAUUUGUUCGUAGGAAACGUGGUUUCCGUCCAUUAUCUUCUGAUGGCUUAAGUCGAAUAGACCUACCAAAAGCAAGAGUACUAUCAGAUAAAGAAGAAGAAUUGAGUGAGCUGAGAAGUAGAACAGAUCCAUUAUUUUCAAAGGAAUGGUAUUUACACAAUGUAGGUCAAGCUGAUGGUGUUCCUGGAUUGGAUUUAAAUGUACUGUCUGCAUGGUCACAAAAUAUCACCGGUCGUGGGGUGAUUACCGCCAUUAUGGAUGAUGGUGUGGACUACUUACAUCCAGAUAUAGCAGAAAAUUAUGCGGUAGAGGCAAGUUAUGACUUUUCAAGUAACGAUGCCUUUCCGUAUCCUCGGUAUACAGAUGACUGGUUUAACAGUCAUGGUACACGGUGUGCUGGUGAAGUUUCUGCUAUAGCUGGAAAUGGUAUUUGUGGUGUUGGCGUUGCACCGGGUUCCAAAGUGGCUGGACUACGAAUGUUAGAUCAGCCGUAUAUGACUGAUUUAAUUGAAGCAGCUGCAAUGGCUUAUGCACGUGAUCUUAUAGAUAUAUAUUCAGCUAGUUGGGGGCCUACAGAUGAUGGAACAACUGUUGAUGGUCCAAGAAAUCAGACUAUGCGUGCUCUUGUUGAUGGCGUAAAUAAUGGUCGUAAAGGCAAAGGAAGUCUUUAUGUUUGGGCAUCAGGAGAUGGUGGAGAGAAUGAUGACUGUAACUGUGAUGGUUAUGCAGCAAGUAUGUGGACAAUAAGUAUUAACUCUGUUACAAACGAUGGCCAUACAGCUGUUUAUGAUGAAUCUUGUGCUUCAACACUUGCAUCGACAUUUUCAAAUGGUAAAAGUCCAUUUGUUCAUGAUGCUGGAGUAGGAACUAUUGAUCUAUACGGAAAUUGUACACUUCAUCAUUCAGGUACAUCAGCAGCAGCACCAGAGGCUGCUGGUGUUUUCGCUUUGGCAUUAGAAGCUCAACCAGAACUCACUUGGAGAGAUGUACAACAUUUAACUGUGCUUACAUCGAAACGUAAUCAUCUAUACGAUAGACAACAUAAUCAUAAUUGGACAAUCAAUGGUGCUGGUUUAGAAUUCAAUCACUUAUUCGGUUUUGGAGUACUAGAUGCUGGUGAUAUGGUACAUCUAGCAAAAAAUUGGAAAACUGUACCUGAACGCUUUCAUUGUAUUGCUGGAACAUUUAAUGGACGCAAGAUUGCACGUCUUGGUGAACCGAUUCGCUUAGAAUUGAAUACUGAUGCAUGUAUGGGAAGUCCAAUAAAUCAAGUGAAUUAUCUAGAACACGUUCAAGCAUUUCUGACAAUUAGAGCAACACGACGCGGUGAUGUCACCAUAUUUUUAACCUCACCAAUGAAUACAACAUCAAUGCUAUUAAGAAGACGACCUAAAGAUACUGAUAAUACACGAGGUUUUACUAAAUGGCCAUUUAUGACAACACAUAUGUGGAGUGAAAAUCCCCGGGGGAAUUGGUCACUUAUUAUAGCAAUUGAUCCAAAUUCUAAAGAUCCAUUAGGUUAUGUUUUAUUAACUGAAUGGAUUCUUGUUGUUCAUGGUACACAAGAACCACCGUAUGCACAUCUAUCAGAGUCAACAGUCAGUAUCGCUCCAAAAUUAGGCAUAGUGAAGAAACAACAUGAAACAAAACAAUUUAAUGCUUAAAUACCCCCAUAGCUUUUUGUGAUUCAACAACAACAACAACAGACUAAUCAAUCAAUCAAUCAGCA